AAUUGAAGAACAUAAUGAAUUUCUAUUUGCAAUUGAUUGUUGGAUUCUUUCUGGCAUACGUCAUUAAGAAGAUCUUCUUGACUAAAAAAGAUAAACAAAUCCCUGGAAUGGAACCUAGAUCAAAAGACAUGGGAAAUUUAGAAGACUUAGGUCGGGCAGGGAGUUUACAUCAAUUUUUGGUUGGCUUGCAUGAUAAGUACGGAAAAAUUGCAUCUUUCUGGUUUGGAACUCAGCAAAUUGUAUCCAUUUCAUCUCCAGAGAUGUUCAAAGAACAGCAAAGUGUAUUUGACCGCCCAUUGUUACUUUUUCAAUUGUUUGAACCAUUCAUUGGCCCAAAUUCGUUACAAUAUGCUAACAAGGAUGAUGGGAAGGGUAGAAGGAAAGAGUACGAUCGUUCAAUGUCACAUAAAGCGGUUACUCGUUACUUGGGGGAGUUCAAUGCAGCUGUCAAUGAAAUAAUUGAUAUGCUUUGUAAAGAUAUGGAAGGAGGUAUUAGUGAGCAUGCUCUCUGUACACAUAUGGCUACAUUUGCACUGAAGGUCGAUCUGAUGACAUUAUUUGGCAAUGUAUCAGAUGAUUCGAAGAUUACUGAAUUUCAUAACAAUUACAACGUCUGCUGGUCAGAAAUGGGGUCCCGGUUGGGAGGAAAAUUUCCAGAACCCGGCAGUGAGCAAGAAGAGAACUUCCAGACAGCAUUGAAUGGGGCAAAAGAUUUUGUUAAAGGAGUUGUUGAAAUCAGAGAGAAGCUGGAGAUAACAGAAGAAAAUGAGAGGUUUAUUGAUAUCCUGAUUAGACACUGUGCAGACGAAGACACCCUACUGAGUGAUGCAAUAACCUAUGUUGUCGGAGGGUUCCACACCACUGCUAAUUCUCUGGCCUGGGGUUUCUAUUUCAUAGCUGGUAAUAGUGCUGUACAAGAUAAACUUCAUGCGGAAAUAUCAGAACAUUGUGGAAAGCAUGAUUCAAUAGGCAUCUCCAGCAUAAACAAAUGUGUGUAUUUGAAGCAGGUGUUUGAUGAAACACUAAGGUGCUCCGUGCUGGCUCCAUUUGCAGCUCGGUAUCUUGAUGAAGACAUACUGCUUGGGGGUUACCCAAUUCCUGGAGGAACUCCCAUAGUCCAUGCUCUGGGUGUUAGCCUUCAAAAUCCUGAAUACUUUCCUGAGCCUAGCAAAUUUGAUCCAGACAGAUUUAGUCCAGAAAACAUCAAAAACCGGCCAAGCACAGCUUUUCAGCCGUUUGGUGUUGGUAAGAGGAUUUGUCCUGGUCAUAGGUUUGCAAAUAUGGAGGCAGCGGUUUGCAUUGCAGCAAUGGUAAGGAAGUUCGAGAUUGGACUGGUUGAUGGGCAAAAGAUAGAGCCUGUACAUGGACUGGUGACUCAUCCCUCUGCAGAGAUUAUGAUUACUCUAAAACAGCGUCAUUGAAUCAGAGGGUUCAACCAGUAUUGAAACAGUGUAUUUUGUGUGACUUGAUUAGACAUUGCAAUCAUUUUUUAUCCAUGUCAUGUUUUCACGUUAUAAUUAAAUAUUUUGUUGAUAUACUAUUAGCACUCAGAAUAUCUAUCAUAAUCUCGUAGGAUUUAACAUUGGUAUUAUUAUCAAUUACUGAUUACUCUAAAGUAUUGAUUAUUCAAUGAUAAUAAAAAGUUUAAAAAAUCAAAAGUAAUUCUGCAUGUUUGUAGUUAAACACUGUCAUAAAGUUUUAGUUUUUAAACAUAAAAGUAAAUUAGAUUGUUUUGCAUGUAAUAUAAUAUACAAAUGAUUGAUCUUGUAAGUUUUAUGAUCUUAGUUUGAUGCAGUAAACUCUCAAUUUAUCAAUUCAUAAGGCUUUGCAUAGAACACCAAAUUCAGCAGGUCUUUAAAAAAAUCCCUGAAAAUAUCAAAAUAAGUAUACACUACCUAUACAUAGUUAUAAAUUAAGGAUUUGCUUUUCGUCGAAAUUAUUUUACGAUUAUUUAGAUUUAAAUCUUAAGACCGAACAUAUGAUUUUUCUAGGUGUGCAUGCAAUGAUUUAUAUAAUUAAAAGGAAAUGUUAUGUUCUUAUUGUAUUUUUUAAUUUU